AGCGGCAGACCGUAGCCGAGCCAGACCCUCGGCGGCGGCGAGGAUGGGAGAUUCCAAAGUGAAAGUGGCGGUCCGGAUCCGGCCCAUGAACCGACGAGAAAUUGACUUGCAUACCAAAUGUGUGGUGGAUGUAGAUGCAAACAAGGUUAUUCUUCAUCCUGUAAAUACUAAUCUUUCCAAAGGAGAUGCCCGGAGCCAGCCAAAGGUGUUUGCUUAUGACCACUGUUUCUGGUCUAUGGAUGAAUCAGUCAGAGAAAAAUAUGCAGGUCAAGAUGAUGUUUUCAAGUGCCUUGGGGAGAAUAUCCUUCAGAAUGCUUUUGAUGGCUACAAUGCAUGUAUCUUUGCCUAUGGACAGACUGGAUCUGGAAAAUCUUAUACCAUGAUGGGCACAGGUGACCAACCUGGAUUAAUCCCAAGACUUUGCAGUGGCCUCUUUGAACGAACUCAGAAAGAGGAAAAUGAAGAGCAGAGUUUUAAAGUAGAAGUUUCCUACAUGGAAAUUUAUAAUGAAAAAGUUAGAGACCUUCUUGAUCCCAAAGGAAGCCGCCAAACUUUAAAAGUCAGAGAGCAUAAUGUGCUGGGACCUUAUGUGGAUGGACUUUCUAAAUUGGCUGUUACAAGCUACAAGGAUAUUGAGUCUUUGAUGUCUGAGGGUAACAAAUCCCGUACAGUUGCUGCAACCAACAUGAAUGAGGAGAGUAGCCGGUCCCAUGCUGUCUUCAAAAUUACCCUAACACAUACUUUAUACGAUGUGAAGUCUGGGACAUCUGGAGAGAAAGUGGGCAAACUGAGCUUGGUUGAUUUAGCUGGCAGUGAAAGAGCAACAAAAACUGGAGCUGCAGGUGACAGACUGAAGGAAGGGAGCAACAUUAACAAGUCUCUCACAACACUCGGUCUGGUUAUCUCAGCCCUGGCAGAUCAGGGUGCUGGCAAAAACAAGAAUAAAUUUGUUCCAUAUCGUGACUCUGUUCUCACUUGGCUGCUCAAAGACAGUCUUGGUGGAAACAGCAAGACAGCCAUGGUAGCAACUGUGAGUCCAGCUGCUGAUAACUAUGAUGAAACCCUUUCAACUCUGAGAUAUGCUGAUCGAGCCAAGAAUAUUGUUAACCAUGCUGUGGUGAAUGAGGACCCCAACGCGCGUAUUAUCCGGGAUCUUCGGGAAGAAGUGGAAAAACUCCGAGAGCAGCUAACCAAAGCAGAGGCAAUGAAGUCUCCUGAACUAAAAGACCGGCUGGAAGAAUCAGAGAAGCUGAUCCAGGAAAUGACUGUGACCUGGGAGGAGAAAUUAAGAAAAACAGAGGAGAUCGCACAGGAGCGACAGAAACAGCUUGAGAGUUUAGGAAUAUCUCUUCAGUCUUCUGGAAUCAAAGUUGGAGAUGAUAAAUGUUUCCUUGUUAAUCUGAAUGCUGAUCCUGCCCUUAAUGAACUUUUGGUUUACUACUUAAAGGAACACACAUUAAUAGGAUCAGCAAAUUCCCAAGAUAUCCAACUGUGUGGAAUGGGAAUUCUUCCUGAGCAUUGCAUUAUAGACAUCACAUCAGAAGGCCAGGUUAUGCUGACUCCUCAAAAGAACACCAGAACAUUUGUAAAUGGCUCUUGUGUCUCCAGUCCUAUACAACUACAUCAUGGGGACAGGAUAUUAUGGGGAAACAACCACUUCUUCAGACUUAAUUUACCUAAAAAAAAAAAGAAAAUAGAAAAAGAGGAUGAUGAUCAUGACAACUCUAUGAAGAAUGAUAGCAGUUCUGAGCAGCUAGAUGUAGAUGGAGAUUCCUCCAGUGAAGUGUCCAGUGAAAUUAACUUCAAUUAUGAAUAUGCACAGAUGGAAGUCACCAUGAAGGCUCUUGGGAAUAAUGAUCCAAUGCAGUCACUGUUGAAUAGCUUGGAACAACAGCACGAAGAAGAAAAACGAUCAGCUUUAGAACGCCAGAGGAUCAUGUAUGAACAUGAACUGGAGCAGUUACGAAGAAGACUAUCUCCUGAGAAGCAAAACUAUCGAAGUAGCAUGGACAGGUUCUCUUUCCACUCACCCAAUGCUCAACAACGCUUAAGACAGUGGGCUGAGGAAAGAGAAGCAACACUGAGCAAUAGCCUGAUGAAGUUGAGGGAGCAAAUUGUUAAAGCCAAUCUCUUGGUGAGAGAAGCUAGUUAUAUUGCAGAAGAACUGGAUAAAAGAACAGAAUAUAAAGUUACCCUACAGAUUCCAGCCUCUAGCCUUGAUGCCAACAGGAAGGUCAUACGGUCAUACUUCAAGCGUGCUGACCCAUUCUAUGAUGAACAGGAAAAUCACUGUCUCAUUGGGGUGGCCAAUGUCUUCCUUGAGUCCCUUUUCUAUGAUGUGAAGUUACAGUAUGCUGUUCCAAUCGUCAACCAGAAGGGAGAGGUGGCAGGUCGGCUGCAUGUAGAAGUGAUGCGGAUCAGUGGUGAAAUUGGAGAAAGAAUUGCAGGAGGUGAGGAGACUGGAGACAUCUCCUUUGAUAAAGAAACCCAGGAGAACAAGCUUGUGUGCAUGGUUAAAAUAUUACAAGCUACUGGAUUGCCACAGCAUCUGUGCCACUUUGUAUUUUGUAAAUACAACUUCUGGGACCAACAGGAACCAGUCAUUGUUGCACCUGAAGUAGAUACUUCCUCCUCGCCAGUCAGCAAGGAACCUCAGUGCAUGGUUGUCUUUGAUCAUUGUAAUGAGUUUUCUGUUAAUAUCACUGAAGAUUUCAUUGAGCAUCUUUCAGAAGGUGCUCUGGCAAUUGAAGUGUAUGGCCAUAAAAUGACUGAUCCUCGAAAAAACCCCACCCUGUGGGAUUUGGGAAUUAUACAAGCAAAAACACGUAGUUUCCGGGAUAGAUGGAGUGAAGUUACCAGGAAAGUAGAAUUCUGGGUCCAGGUCCUGGAACAGAAUGAAAAUGGUGAAUACUGCCCUGUAGAAGUGAUACCUGCCAAGGAUGUACCAACAGGAGGUGUUUUCCAGCUCCGGCAGGGGCAAUCCCGGCGGAUUCAAGUUGAAGUGAAGUCUGUACAGGAAUCUGGUACUUUACCACUAAUGGAAGAGUGUAUAUUGUCAGUUGGCAUUGGAUGUAUAAAAGUUAGACCAUUCCGAUCCCCCAAAACUCAUGAGACUUUCCACGAAGAAGAAGAUGACAUGGACAGCUACCAGGACAGGGAUUUAGAGAGACUACGUAGAAAAUGGCUGAAUGCAUUAACAAAACGUCAGGAGUACUUAGAUCAACAACUACAAAAGCUUGUCAGCAAACGUGAUAAAACAGAGGAUGAUGCUGACCGAGAAGCCCAACUUCUAGAGAUGAGGUUGACUCUCACUGAGGAAAGGAAUGCAGUAAUGGUCCCCUCUGCUGGCAGUGGGAUUCCGGGGGCCCCAGCAGAAUGGACUCCAGUGCCUGGGAUGGAGACACACAUUCCUGUUAUAUUUCUCGACCUAAAUGCUGAUGAUUUCAGCUCUCAGGAUAAUCUUGAUGACCCAGAAGCUGGUGGAUGGGAUGCUACCCUCACUGGGGAAGAAGAAGAAGAGUUCUUUGAACUGCAGAUUGUAAAACAGCAUGAUGGAGAGGUGAAAGCAGAAGCUUCCUGGGACUCUGCAGUACAUAACUGCCCUCAGCUCAGCAGAGGCACCCCCUCAGAUGAGCGACUGUUUCUCAUCGUGCGGGUGACAGUCCAGCUCAGCCAUCCAGCUGACAUGCAGCUGGUAUUACGCAAACGCAUCUGUGUCAGUGUUCAUGGCCGGCAGGGUUUUGCUCAGAGUCUUCUAAAAAAGAUGUCUCAUCGAAGUGCUAUUCCUGGCUGUGGAGUCACUUUUGAAAUUGUUUCCAAUAUUCCAGAGGAUGCCCAGGGUGUAGAGGAACGAGAAGCAUUAGCAAGAAUGGCAGCCAACGUUGAGAACCCAGCGUCUGCUGACUCAGAGGCUUAUAUUGAAAAGUACCUCAGAAGCGUGCUGGCUGUGGAAAACCUCCUUACUUUAGAUCGUCUUCGCCAGGAAGUUGCAGUAAAGGAACAGUUAACUGGAAAAGGGAAGUUGAGUAGGAGGAGUAUUAGCUCUCCAAAUGUCAACAGAUUAUCUGGAAGCCGGCAAGAUCUUGCUCCAUCAUGCAGUCUAGGCAGCAACAAGGGUCGGUGGGAAAGUCAACAAGAUGUAUCCCAAACAGUACUUUCCAGAGGACAAGCUUCAGGCUCCCCAUCCCCUUCUACUUGUCCCCCAAAUAAUUCUCCUGAUCCAGGCCUUAGUAGCUUAGCAGCCUCCUACUUGAAUCCAGUAAAAUCCUUUGUGCCGCAGAUGCCAAAGCUGCUUAAGUCUCUCUUUCCUGUCCGAGAUGAGAAAAGGGUCAAACAGCUAUCUCCUCUUGCACAUCAGCCUGUUCCCCGAAUCAUGGUGCAGUCUACCCUCCCAGAUGUUGGGGUGGCCCAGAUGGAGGAGGUUCACCGGGAGAGUGUGGGAGUGAGCGAGACACCCGGAGUGACUGUGCACAUUCCUUCUGUGGUGAAGAUCUGUGACAAGCCAGCUCAAGUGCCUUCCCAGCAUUCACUUCUCUCAAACAUGCAGGUCCAGGAAGUUCCAGAAGGUCCUCCCAGCCCCUUGAGUGAAGCCUCCAGUGGUUACUUUUCCCACAGCGUUUCCACAGCCACUCUCUCGGAUGCACUCACCAGUGGCCUUGAUGGCACUUCCCAAACCGUGCCCAGCUCUCCUCCGACUCCCAUCUGCCAGGCCCCACUUGAGUCUGACCUUCCAUAUCCAUCUACCGGGUCAUGCGCAGAGAGCCACCUUCCUGCUCCUUUAGAGAACCAGACCAGCCUGCCAGCACUGCCAAUCCAACCAAAGCUUGCUGCUCAGUGCAAUAGUAAUGGAGCACUGAAGGCCAGGGAAUCGCAUUCCUCCGAGAAGCAGAGUGAAGAUCUGGCAAGAUCCUCCCUCGCUAUUGUUAUACCCCCGUGUCUUCCCAGUUCUGCCCCCCAAAAGGAAUCACCCAGCCAGCAGACUGGAGGGACAGUUUCCUCUGCCACCAAGUCACCAGGGAGCCCAGAGGAGCCAGUGAAGCCAAACGUCUCCAAGCCACAUGUGUCUCCUGAUUUCCGAUCUCAGUUGCCUACACCAGCAUCUCCUUUCAGAAUCCAGAAGGUGCGGACCUCUGAGCUAAAGUCAUUCUCUCGCAUGCUUGGCGGGGACUCCAGCUGCUCCUCGGGCACUGAGGAGGAGCAGCUCGCCUCAAGAGGCUUAGGUGACAUCGCCGGGGGUCAGGCUUUAGAAAAACUGGACGUUACGUCAGACUCUGAAGAAGCCAGUGAAGUCCCGGAGUGGCUCAAAGAGGGAGAAUAUGUUACCGUUGGCACGAACAAAAUGGGCAUCGUGAGGUACAUUGGACCGACGGACUUUCAGGAGGGAACGUGGAUUGGAGUAGAGCUCGAUUUACCUUCAGGUAAGAAUGACGGCUCCAUCGGUGGGAAGCAGUACUUCAAGUGCAACCCGGGCUAUGGGCUCCUGGUGAAGCCCAGCCGCGUGCGGAGGGCCCUGGGCGCGGUUCGGCGGCGCAGCGCGGGGCUCAGGCUGCAGGGUGCUGUCCCCGAGGCCCGCAGGAGCGCCACUUUCUCCGGCUCCGCCACCAACCUGGCCUCGCUGACUGCGCUGGCCAAAGCCGAGGGUGGUGCGACUCUGCGGGCAGAGAGGAGCCAGCGGAGCGCAGAGAACCGCAAGUCCUGGGCCAGCUAGGCCACCUCCCGGGACCCCGCACAGCCCGCCCCCUGCCCAAGGCCUCUUCCAGUCCCUGAGGCCUGCCUGCAACACUAACCAAGACGCCCCCUCUGAGCCUCUCCCGCGAGGACCAGGCAGCCUGUGGGGCUGGAGCAGCGGCCCGAGGAGGGCUUCAGCAUGAGGGCUUCCACCUGACGCAGGGUCAGUGACCACUCCUGCUCCUCCCAGGACUCCCGAGGGGGUCUGUCUCUCCCCCGCCCCCCUCC